CGAGAGGAGAGUGAGAGCUCUUAAACAGGACACCUUCAGAAAGAAGGCAGAGCAGCUUUUCUACAGCUCUUUUGCUUUUGACAAAGACUUAAUCGACUAACGUAAAGAUGGCGGGCCCUUUCACACGUCUAAUCUCUGGCCGCAACACGGCUGUGCUGCUGGCCAGCCUGGGCGCAGGAACGAUGGCUACUGGCUUCUUGAUGACUGAGAACAACUCCCUGGUUGCCGAGGCGAAGAAGAUGCUCUAUCCACCCAGCUCUGAUUUCCCCGACCUGAGGAAACACAACAACUGCAUGGCCGCGGCUCUGACUCCGGCCGUUUACGCCAAACUGAGGGACAAGCUCACCCCCAACAACUGGACCCUGGACCAGUGCAUCCAAACUGGUGUGGACAACCCCGGACACCCGUUCAUCAAGACUGUGGGCUGUGUGGCCGGAGAUGAGGAGAGCUACGAGGUGUUUGCUGAACUCUUUGACCCCAUCAUCAAAGACAGGCACAACGGCUACGACCCCAGAACCAUGACACACCCAACUGACCUGGACGCCUCCAAGGUGUUCACACCAUCACACGACCUGUCACUUCCUGGUUCCUCCGUCCAUCUAUCUGCCGCUCCUACAUGUGUUGAACCAUAUUUUUCUUUCUUUCCUGUUUUUGUCUUCCUCCUUCAGAUCACCAACGGCGUGUUCGACGAGAAGUACGUCCUGUCUUCUCGUGUCCGUACCGGUCGCAGCAUCCGCGGCCUGAGCCUCCCCCCGGCCUGCUCGAGGGCUGAGCGUCGUGAGGUGGAGCGGGUCGUGGUUAUGGCCCUGGCCGGCCUGAAGGGAGACCUGGCCGGACGCUAUUACGGUCUUGGAGACAUGACGGACAAGGAGCAGCAGCAGCUCAUUGACGACCACUUCCUGUUUGACAAACCUGUCUCUCCGUUGUUGACAUGUGCCUUUAUGGCCAGAGACUGGCCAGACGCUAGGGGCAUCUGGCACAACAACGAGAAGACCUUCCUGAUCUGGGUGAACGAGGAGGACCACACCAGAGUCAUCUCCAUGGAGAAGGGAGGAAACAUGAAGAGAGUGUUUGAGAGAUUCUGCAGAGGACUCAAACAGGUGGAGCAGCUGAUCCAGGAGAGAGGCUGGGAGUUCAUGUGGAACGAGCGUCUGGGCUACAUCCUCACAUGUCCCUCUAACCUGGGCACCGGCCUGAGGGCUGGCGUGCACGUCCGCCUGCCAAACCUCAGCAAGGACUCACGUUUCUCCAAAAUCCUCGACAACCUGCGGCUGCAGAAAAGAGGCACAGGAGGAGUGGACACAGCAGCGACAGGAGACACGUUUGACAUUUCCAACAACGACCGUCUGGGCAAAUCUGAGGUGGAGCUGGUGCAGCUCCUGGUCGAUGGUGUCAACUAUCUGAUCGAGUGUGAGAAGAAGCUGGAGAAGGGCCAUGACAUCAAAGUCCCGGCUCCCAUCACUCAGUUCAGGAAAUAAAAUCUGGACUCUUUUGUGAUAUGGAUGUUAGCAGGAGGAGCAGCUCCCUCUGAUACUGACAAGAAUGACAGUCAGUCCACCGCUACAGACGAGGAUGUUUUCUUUAGUCUUCUGGAAAAGGUUGUAAAAUCUUUAGGGUAACCUAAUCUUAGACAUGAUGUGCAGUUAGGGAAGAAAAAUUCUACCUCAAGUUAAGGUCUUCACUGUAACCCUGACUUCAAUAAAACCAAUACUAGUCAAAAC